AAUCCAAUCCCCUCACACCCUGGCUGUUGUUGUCGAUUAAUGGAGCUAGUGGGCGUGUCGGUUUAAAAUAAACUGUAUUUCAGACCGCGCGCAGGGCUGGUUUGUAAACCACUACUACCAAAGCCAGACUGCAGCGAAGAACGAGACGGACAUGUCGGAGAGCCGGAGAAAAGAUGCUGCGCAAAACGGUGCAGCCCAUAGCACUAGUACAGAGCCACACGUGGCCAGACCAAAUGUUGGCAACAGGGUGACUGUAGUGCUAGGGGCUCAAUGGGGCGACGAGGGCAAAGGGAAAGUUGUGGACCUGCUCGCUCAGGACGCCGAUAUUGUUUGCAGAUGCCAGGGUGGUAACAAUGCAGGACACACGGUGGUGGUGGACUCUGUCGAGUAUGACUUCCACCUUCUACCCAGCGGCAUUAUCAACCCUAAGGUUACUGCUUUCAUUGGUAAUGGGGUAGUGAUCCACCUGCCUGGCCUCUUUGAGGAGGCUGAGAAGAAUAUGCGCAAAGGCAAAAGUUUGGUGGGCUGGGACAAGAGGCUGAUCAUUUCAGACCGAGCACACAUUGUGUUUGAUUUCCAUCAAGCGGUCGACGGUGUGCAAGAGCAGCAGAGACAAGAGCAAGCGGGCAAGAACCUCGGAACAACGAAAAAGGGGAUUGGCCCAGUGUACUCAGCCAAAGCAGCCCGCAGCGGCCUCCGGAUAUGUGACCUCAUGUCUGACUUCACGCAGUUCUCUGAAAGAUUUAAAGUCUUAGCCUCGCAGUAUCAGUCUAUGUACCCGACCCUGGAGAUUGACAUCGAUGGAGAGUUGUGCAAGUUGAAGGAUUACGUGGAGAAGUUAAAGCAUAUGGUGAAAGAUGGCGUCUUCUACAUGUACGAGGCCCUACAUGGACCUCCCAAAAAGAUCCUGGUAGAAGGAGCCAACGCUGCCCUCUUAGAUAUUGACUUUGGAACGUACCCUUUCGUGACCUCGUCUAACUGCACAGUAGGCGGGGUGUGCACGGGCCUAGGCAUGCCGCCGCAGAACGUGGGUGAGGUGUACGGCGUGGUCAAGGCCUAUACCACCCGGGUUGGCAUCGGAGCCUUUCCCUCUGAGCAGUUCAAUGACGUUGGGGAGCUCCUGCAGACGAGGGGAAAAGAAGUGGGUGUGACCACGGGCCGUAAAAGGAGAUGCGGUUGGCUGGACCUCGUGCUCAUCAAAUAUGCCCACAUGAUUAACGGCUUCACUGCCUUAGCUCUCACCAAGCUAGACAUCUUGGAUGUGCUCCCUGAGAUCAAAGUUGGUGUGUCAUACUCUGUGGAUGGUGAAAAUAUACCUAAUUUUCCAGCCAACCAGGAAGUCUUACAAAGUGUUGAGGUUCAGUAUGCCACCCUGCCAGGUUGGAACAGUGACACCUCUGCCAUCAGAACGUUCGAUGAGCUGCCAGAGAACGCCCAGAAAUAUGUCCGCUACAUUGAGGAGCACCUCGGUGUGCCCGUGAAAUGGAUUGGAGUCGGAAAAUCUCGGGAGUCCAUGAUCCAGAUCUUUUAAGACCUUCUCCUCCAGAUCACACCCUCAGUCCCCUCUCCCUACCUCCGGAUGGCUGCCUGGUUCCAGGGGCCUGUGGCCUGGGAAGGUGGUCUAUGCUGCAUGACCCCCACCCCCCAUUGGAGACUCUUCAAAAUUGCCCCUCUGGUUGUUAAGAUGGAAGUACACUUCAGUUGCUUGCCAGCCUACACCUGUUACUCCCCAUGUAUGGCUUGUGAGAAAGCCCCCUCUUCUGGCCUUUCUGGAUCUGCUCUUCUGCCACACUUGCACAUGCACUACAUACACACUCCUAUCCAUUCAAUAUCCCCACAUUCCAACCUCUGAUCCAGAUGUGUGACAGUCAUUGACCCGUCUACAAGCCAAUGUCAGACUGUUCAGUAUGACCAUGUGUACAGAGCUGCAGUGGAACUUGGUUGAUUCAUUAACAGAUAUUUUGUGGCUGUACUGUGAUGAAGUCACUUGUGCCCGUUUGUGUAGAUGUAUUCUUUAUACCUAGCAUGAGCCCAUGGCCAUGAAACGGCCCUCUAGCAACUACAGAUUCCAUGUGUUCUGCAUGGACAACGGUCCCUGACAAUACCAGUCUCUGUAUUCAAAUUGCAGAAAAUGUAGAAUCUGUUUGUUGUUACAAAGACCUUGUUCCCUGCAACAUAACUGGAACGAAGCCAUUAUGCAAGAAAAUAUAUUUAGGUUCCAUUACAAUCUUAAAUGGGCCUUUUGGAGGUGUCGCAAUCAAACAACCUCUUCAUUUCCCCAGUUGACUAGAAAUGUCUAAUUUCAAAGCAGUAAAAAGUUGUACUACUAAACAGUGAGCAGUUUAGGUCAGUUAGCAUGUUGAUGGGUCAUCUUGCUAUCAAACUCCACAUUUGAAAUGACUCAUGAAUGCAAUCCUAAAUUUAAGCUCCAACGCAAACACGAUGUAGAUAUGCUAAACUCUAGUCUCAGGACUUCUACACGAUCAUAUCAGUGUAUAUUUUAUUUCUAGGGCUAGGUAUGGUUGAUUCUGUUCUGCUACUAUUAGACGUGUGGGUGUUUCUGCAGAUGUAGUGUAUUAGACAGCAGAUUGUCUCCUGACUCAGUGAACACUAACACGUGUUUCCCGUUUGUAUAUUAGUGAUUGAAAUAGAACUAUCUAAAUAUUUAAAAUGAAAGACAUUAAAUGAUCUUGCCUGUUUACAUAUGGAUUGAAUAUAUAAACCUCAAUGGCUCAAUUAUGAAAUAAAAAUAGUUAUGGGGAGAGGCAUGUGUUCAAGUUCAACCCUGUAUAUGAGGUGCCUAUUCAUGUAGAAUGGGACAUUGCUAAAAAAUGAGUUUGCCUUUAUCUGCAGGUCUCUACAGAGAUGGGUGUAGACUGCUGUGAAAGGGCUUUCUACAUUGGUGGUGGAGUGCUUUCUCUUUUUUUAUAUGUGGAUGUGUCAGACUAGUGUCAGACCCCUUUUCCACAGGAAUGUUUUUUUUGUUUGUUACAGCCUUAUUCUAAUAAGGAUUAAAUUCAAUGUUUUCCUCAAUCUACACACAAUACCCCAUAAUGACUACGUGAAAACAGGUUAUUAGAAAUUUUGCACAUUUAUACAAAAUAAAUACCUUCUCUACA